UCUCCGCCCGGCGCGGACUUAGGAGUUGGCCCGAGACGCCCGGGAGCCGCAGGCGGAGGGGUGUCCGCGGGGCGCCGAGCACCAGCAGAGUCCGGAGGAUGCGUGCCCUGCCAGCCUCGGACACGUCCCAGAAUGAGCGGAGGCGGACCGGGGUCCCCGAGGCCCCCCGGGCUCGGGACGCGGCGGUGCCCGCACGCAGGAGCGCGGUGGAGAGGCUGGCGGCCGACCGCGCCAAGUACGUACGGGGCCCGCCCGGAGGCGGCCCGGGCCCUGCUCCCGAGGGAAGCAGUACCAGGACGAGCGAAGGGCCUGCGGGCGACCCUCGGCCCCCGGCCCGCGUCCCCGGUGCCGUGGCGCGCAGGGCCAUUGCGCGGAAGCCUCUGAGGCCUGACUCGCUGGUCAUCUACCGGCAGAAAUGCGACUUCGUCCGGGGACAGGGCGCCCACAGCUCCAUGGGGGGCCUGGUGAGGAAGCUCUUCCAGGGGCCGGGCAGGGACAAGACGCCGCUGCCUCCGGAGACGACCCGCGUGGGAGGGGAGGUCAGGGCCGGGCCCGAGGGGGCUGUCCAGCCCGAGUCCGGCUCCACGGCGGCCUCCGCGGCCCCCGGCGUUCCCUCGCCCCCGGCGUCCCCCGCGCCCUCUGGGACGCCCAGCAGAGUCCGGGCUGCGCCCCGGGGCCCGGAGCUGCGCGGGGCCAGGCGCCGGGGGCUGCAGCGCUCGCAGUCGGACCUCAGCUCCCGCUGCUCCGCGUCCUUGGCGGAAUUUGACACCUUCUUCCAGUUCUGCGGCCUGGAGCCCGAGGUGGUGGAGGCGCUCGGGAGGGAGAACUUCUCGGCGGGGUCGGACCGAGUCACCCUCAAGGUUCGAAGCGUGAGCGUCGCCACCUCAGACAGCGGCUUCUCCCGGCACAGCGGCGGCGAAGAGGGGCUACAGGAGGAGGAGCUGACCGAGCAGGUGCCCAGUACCACGUCGGUCGUCGACAGGAACGCCCGCAUCAUCAAGUGGCUGUACACCUGUAAGAAAGCCCGGGAGACGCCCGGCCAGGGGCUGCAGGGCCCGGCGUGACAGCUCGCGCUCUGGGGAGACUUGGACCCAAGGAAGCAAGGCUUCCCGACUGUGGGGGCUCCUUGAAGUAUGUCAUGGAUGACUGGGGACCCAGGGCCAUCCUCACUGCUACAGGAUCUGUCCAAUGCACCCAGGUGGCCACGUGAUUGCUGUUUUCUCAGGAGUAAAGCAUCCCAUUGAAGAAGCUUACAUAAUUCAGAAGGUUUGAAAUGCUAUGGAGAAGAAGGGAACCUGGAACUUGGAAAUCAGCUGAGCUGUAGCUGUGAAGACACAGCUGAAGCUCUGGGAAAUAUUUUCUUGCUUGAGGUAGACCUAUCCUUGCUUCCAGAGGGCAGCAGAGGAGGGGAAAACUGCUUGGAAAUAUUUUCAGGGGCAUCUUUUUUGCCUUGCUUGUUGACAAAGAGGUACCAUGAUGAAUUUUAAUGAUAUCUAAAUUGAUUUUAAAAAGAAAAAAAGGCAAAGAGUAUGAAAACCAAGCAUGAAUAUUGUAGUAUUUACUGCCUUCAAUCAGAUUGGACUGUUUGGCACCAAUUAAAUCAAAAUUCUGUGAUCAUGAGAAGGUACAUUCUACUUAAACACUGUGGCUAACCAAGAGCAAACCCACACUCACAUACUCACACUUACACCUCCAUUUUAUGAGCAUCACGGCCACUUAAUCUGCAAAAAGCACUUUUAAAAUAAGUUGAGGACGGGGCGCCUGGGUGGC